AUGUUCCAACGAUUCAAGAGCGCCAUCGAUCGGACCAUUGCCGAGGAACAAGCCCGCCAACAGUCAGCUGCCCAGUCGAGAACCCCCUCCAGAACAGCCUCGACAUCGUCGCGCAAGGCUAAUGCCUCCCCAACGAAGCGCGAUAGAGCAAAGAAGGCGGCGGCCGAUGCGGGCGACGCUGUGAACCCUGACCCCGCCGUCUUCGAGGCUGCUUUUGUGAUCGACGACAGCGACGAGCCCAGCCGAGCCGGCACCCCGAAGCCACCAGCCGCAGCCGAUGAGACAAAGGGCGAGAAAUCGACGGAACAGACCAGCGAUUCGGAUGACAAGCCUUCAGAGACCAAGGAUGAGUCUGCCGCGGACAAGGCUCCCGAAGGUGUUGCGGACGCGCCAGCAGCGAAGCCUGAGCCGCCAGCAAAGUCUCAGGAGCUGACUCCGGAGAUUCGCCAAAAGCUGCGCAAGUUGGAGAAACUCGAGGCAACAUAUCCAGAGUUGCUACGGUCUUAUCGUGUCGCCCAUAGAAGGGCCACUGCCAUCGAGCCCUUCGAGAAAGCGCUUCGUGAAAACACGCCCUUGACAUCCAUCGGCGACCCCGAGGCUCUCGUGGAAUACCUGAACCAACUAAACCUCCGAAGCGACAUGGUAAUGGAGGAGCUGAAGAAGGUGUCCGCGGACAAGGAUGAGCUACAGAAGAAGCACAACGAGGCUGAGGAGAAGGCCAAGAAGCUUGAGGAGGAAUUGGAGACGCUGAAGGCUGGCAACGCCGAUCAACCCAAGCCCGAAGGCGCAGACAAGCCCGAGGAUGCCCAGGAGGAGCAGCAAGAGGAGGCUGCUCCUGAGAAAGCCAAGUCACCAGUCGCCUCCGUCAUCGGCAUGUUCUCGCCAAAGCACCGACCUCAAAAGUCUGUUUCUGAAGUCACCGAGUCUAAGGAGUCUAGUGAGGAGUUCUUCUCUUACGACGACGAAUUCCCCCAGCUCCAGGCUGAGGUAGCCUCCAAGUCCGAGGAGAUUGAAGAUCUCAAGGCCAAGGUAGAGAGUCUGCAGCAAGAGCUCGCCACUGUCAAGGAGAACAGCGAUGGACUUGUUGAGAGCCUCGAGAACGCAACUCGGGAGCUCAGCGAGUCCCGUGAUGCUGUAUCCACCCAACAGUCUCUUCAAACUCAACUAGAAGCUCGAAACAAGGAGAUCGAGUCUCUAAACCAGCGACUGCAGGAUGCGCGAGCACAACUCAAGAAGCUUGAAGAAGAAAAGACCACCCAGGCGACCAAAGUUGAGGAGAUGGAGGCUUCACUUGCUACUUCAGACAAACGGGCGAAGGAGUUGGAUGCGGAGCUCACUAAGGCUUCCAACGCCAAGAACAUCUCCAAGAAGCUUAUCGACGACCUCAACACUCAGAUCAAUGCCUUGAAGAAGGAGAAAUCUGAGAGCCAAACUAAGAUUGACGAGCUGACCAAGAAACUCGAGACCCAGACUGCUCCCCCAACUCCCACCCCCACUGCGACGCCCACACCCGCACCUUCGCAGCCUGCUGCGACUCCAGCGGCAACGGGCGGCGGUAAGAAGAAGAACAAGAAGAAGAAGGGCAAGGGUGGUGCUGGUGGUGCUUCUGCUCCCGCCCCGGCAGCUGAGGCCGCUCCCGCUACCCCUGAGCCGGCGCCUGCAACUCCGGUCGAGACACCUGGAAACGCAGCACUUGAGGCAGAGAUUGCCCAGCUCAAGGAGGAGGUUGCCGAAAAGGACAGCCAGAUCGAGCGUCUAAGCAAGAAGCGCAAGACGGAGGAGGACUUGCGGGAGGAGAUUGAGUCUCUGGAGGAGAACCUCCUUACCAUCGGCCAAGACCACGUUGAGGCCAAGGAGAAGAUCAAGAGCCUCGAGGCCGAGAAGGUUGACCUCAAGGCGCAGAUUGCCGACCUCGAGAAGAAGGUCAGCUCAUCUGCAUCAGAUGCCCAGGCCAGCUCCAAGCUUCAGGGCGAGAUUGACACCUUGAAGACGGAGUAUGACGAUCUCAAGGAGAAGACAGCUACUCUACAGGCUGAUCUCGGUGCUGCUCAGCAACUUGCGCAGAACCGAUUUAAGGACCUCACGGACCUCCGAGAGGUGCUACAGAAGGCGCAGCCAGAGCUCAAGAGCCUGCGCCAGGAGUCUGCUACGCUCAAGACUACCAAGGAGGAGCUUGCUACCAAGGUCAAGGAGCUCAAGGACAUGGAGAAGCGAGAGAAGGAUCUGAAGCGAGAUGUGGAGCGAGUCCAGAAGAUUUCAUCAGACCGAGAGACGGAGAUUAAGGGUCUACAGGAGAAGUUGACAGCUGAGACGAACGCCAAGCUUCAGCUUGAGAAUGCUCAACGUGUGUCGGGACGAGACCUCCGACGAUCAGAGGCUGAGAAGGUCGAGCUCAGUGCCAAGGCAGAGAAGGCAGAGCGUGAGCUUCAGACGGUUCAGGAGGAGCUUGGCAAGCUGCGGCCUAGAGUCAAGGAGCUCGAGGAGCAGAUGCACAAGCUCAAGCGAGAGAAGACGGCGGCGCAAGAAGAGGUUGACUUCAAGGCACAGCAGUAUGCCAACGCCCAGGGUUUGCUGAGCAGCAUGCGAGACCAGACGGCCGAGAUGUCGGUGCAGCUUAAGGAGUCCAAGUCACAGGCAGAAUCACUGGAAGAGGAACUGGCUGAGGUGCAGCGCCUACUCCAGGAGCGUACUCGCGAGGGUGAGACGAUGCGACGACUGCUGGCCGACGUUGAUGAGCGUGCCGACAACAAGGUUCGCGACAUGAGGGCACGGAUGGAGGCAGCAGUCGAGGAGCGUGAUCGAAUCGAAGAUGAGUCGAGCACACUGGCGCGACGCAAGACACGCGAGACAGAGGAUCUGAAGCAGAAGCUACGGGAUCUGGAACGCGAGGUCAAGACACUCACAAACGAGCGAGACGAGUUAGAGCACCGAGAGAAGGAGUGGCGUCGUCGACGAGAGGAGCUGGAGUCGGUUGAGGAGAAGGCCGAGGCCGAGGCUUCAGAGCUCCGAACGACAUCAUCACAACUCCGCACGGCACUCGAUGCGUCAGAGAACCAGGUGCGCGAGGUGGAGAAGCAGCGGGCUGAGCUACGGAGAAUGCUCGAGGAGUCCCGACAACGGUACGAGAAGCUGUCCAAGGACCUCAAGGCGGCGCAGACAAAGCUCGUUGCCAGCUCAAGCCGGAGCUCUUUCGACUCGGUGCGAAGCGGUAGCAAUGGAUCACCUGCGGCAGCUGGAGGAGCUGCGGACACGGUCUAUCUCAAGACGAUCCUGUUGCAGUUCUUGGAGCAGAAGGAUACCAAGCUUAGGGCACAGCUUGUGCCGGUGUUGGGCAAGCUAUUGCGAUUUGACAAGUCGGACGAGCAGAAGUGGACCAAGGCAGUGCAACAUAUUGAAGUUCGAUAG